GCUUGUGCAAUGGAGCGAUCAAUGCCGAGAAAAAUGGCAGCAGCGUCGUGGUGGCUGCUUAUCUGCCUCGCCGCCGCGGGGGUACUCCAAGCUCGUGCGCAGCCUGACAGCAUCGGUUUCACCAGCAUAGACUGUGGCCUGCCAGGGACGGCGAGCUACGUGGAUAACACCACCAAGCUGUCGUACGUCCCGGACGCCGCCUUCACCGACGCCGGCUCUAACCACAACAUCUCGGCCGAGUACAUGAUGCCGCUGCUCUCCAAGCGCUACUACAACGUGCGCAGCUUCCCGGACGGGGCGCGCAACUGCUACACCGUCAGGUCCCUUGUGGCCGGGCUCAAGUACCUCAUCCGCGCCGCGUUCAUGUACGGCAACUAUGACGGCUUCGGCCGUCCGCCCAUCUUCGACCUCUACGUCGGCGUCAACUUCUGGACCAUGGUGAACAUCACGGACGCAGACACCGCGGUGAUCCAGGAGGCCAUCGUCGUCGUGCCUGACGAAUUCGUGCAGAUUUGCCUGGUGAACACUGGCUCCGGGACGCCGUUCAUCUCCGUGCUGGACCUUAGGCCCCUCAAGAGCACGCUCUACCCGCAGGCGAACGCGACGCAGGGCCUGGUCCUGCUCGACAGGAGGAACUUCGGCCCGGCCGAUGUCACGCCUGCGGACAUCGUCAGGUACCCUGAUGAUCCAUACGACAGAGUAUGGUUCCCUUGGGUCGACGCCACCACCUGGAAAUCUCUAUCGACGACGAACAGGGUGCAGAACAUAGACAACGAUCUGUUCGAGGCGCCGUCGAAGGUGAUGCAGACAGCGAUCAAGCCGCGCAACGCCUCCAAGAACAUCGAGUUCUCCUGGGAGUCUGAGAAGCAGCCCAAGGACCCGACGCCGGAGUACAUCGCCAUCAUGCACUUCUCCGAGCUGCAGCUCCUCCCCGGCAACGCCGUGCGCGAGUUCUACAUCAACGUCAACGGCAAGCUGUGGUUCCCGAGCGGUAUCACGCCAUUCUACCUCAGCACCGGCUUCGUCUACGGCAUGGACCCCUUUCGGGGCUCCGCUCAGUACGACGUCUCCAUCAACGCCACCGCCAACUCCACUCUGCCGCCGUUCAUCAACGCCAUCGAGGUUUUCUCCGUUAUCUCCACCACCAACGUCGGCACGGACUCCUCAGACGUAUCUGCCAUCACGGCGAUCAAGACGAAGUACCAGGUGCAAAAGAACUGGAUGGGUGACCCAUGUGUUCCGAAGACUCUUGUGUGGGACGGGUUGACUUGCAGCUAUGUCAUAUCCGGUCCUCCAAGAAUCACCGGCGUGAACAUAUCCUUCAGUGGCCUCAACGGAGAUAUAUCGUCUUCUUUCGAAAAUCUCAAGUCCGUCCAAUAUUUGGAUCUGUCACACAACAACUUGAUAGGCUCAAUUCCUGAAGUAUUUUCACAAUUACCUUCACUAACAGUUCUAGAUCUGACAGGCAACCAGCUCAGUGGAUCAAUUCCCUCUGGCCUUCUCAAAAGAAUUCAAGAUGGCUCCUUGAACCUAAGAUAUGGCAAUAAUCCAAACCUUUGCACCAACGCCGAUUCAUGUCAGACCGCGAAAGGGAAGAGCAAGCUUGCCGUCUACAUUUCUGUCCCUGUAGUUCUGGUUGUGGUGAUAGGACUACUGGCAGCACUACUCUUUUGCUUGCUGAGACGAAAAAAGCAAGGACCGACGAAGAACGACAACGCCGUGGAGCAUCAGAACGAGACGCCGAUGAGCCAUGUGCCGACAGGUGACGCGUACGCGCAGAGCUCGCUGCAGCUUGAGAACCGCCGGUUCAUGUACAGCGAAUUAGAGGUCAUAACGAACAACUUCCAGCGUGUGCUCGGCCGAGGAGGGUUCGGGAAAGUUUACCAUGGCUUCUUGGAGGAUGGUACUCAGGUGGCAGUCAAGCUGCGGUCUCACUCUUCCAAUCAGGGUGCCAAGCAGUUCCUUGCAGAGGCUCAGAUCUUAACACGUAUUCAUCACAAGAAUCUCGUGUCCAUGAUCGGUUACUGCAAGGAUGGGCAGUACAUGGCACUUGUCUACGAGUACAUGUCAGAAGGCACCCUGCAAGAGCAGAUCGCAGGAAAUGGCGGCAACGGAAGAUGCUUGACCUGGAGGCAGAGGCUUCGAAUCGCACUGGAAUCAGCGCAAGGGCUAGAGUAUCUGCACAAGGGGUGCAACCCACCUCUGAUUCACAGGGAUGUGAAGACGACUAACAUCCUACUGAAUGCAAAACUAGAUGUCAAGAUUGCCGAUUUCGGCUUGUCCAAGGCUUUCAAUCAUGACAACGAAGCUCAUAUAUCCACGAAUACACUCGUUGGUACACUUGGAUACGUUGAUCCAGAAUACCAUGCAACAGGCAAGCCGACGACCAAGAGCGACGCGUACAGCUUCGGCGUCGUGCUGCUGGAGCUGGUCACGGGGAGGCCGGCCAUCCUGCGGGACCCGGAGCCCACCAGCAUCAUCCAGUGGGCGCGGCAGCGGCUUGCGCGGGGAAACAUCGAGGGCGUCGUGGACCCGCGCAUGCACGGCAACCACGACAUCAACGGCGUGUGGAAGGCCGCGGAUAUCGCGUUCAAGUGCACCGCGCAGGCCUCGCUGCAGCGGCCCACCAUGACCGAGGUGGUGGCACAGCUGCAGGAGUGCCUGGAGCUCGAGGAGGGCCACGCCGGCGGUGACGCAAACGCCAGCGCCUACACCGGCAGCAGCAGCGACCCCAACUUGGGUUACAACGCGUACGCUGCUAACGGCCAGUCCAUUGGCGCGGGCUACAGCGGCCCUGAAUUUGAGAUGGAGCAUAAUUUUGGCAAGGUGCCAACAAUGGGGGCAGAUCCUGUUGCACGAUAAGGUUCUUGGGGUUUUUCAGUGACAUUAGAAGUGUGUGCAAUUUUUCAGACAUUAGAAGUGUGUGCAAUUUUGCGCUAGCAAAAGAGAGAGCACAGUGUAUGUAUAUUUAUAUUUUGCAAGACCUCG